AUGCUGAAGCGCAUGGGAAGCUCACCUGCCACUUUUGUUGGGGUACCUGAAACAGCUGUGUCCGACUUGCCUAACCUCUGGCUGGCAGAGCAGGGCCGAGAGGAUGAAGGAGCAGCUAGUGAAAGUUCUGAAGCGUAUGAGCUGGGUUGUACACAGAAGUAUAUUGUGAAGAACUACUUCUACUACUACUUGUUCAAGUUUUCAGCUGCUUUGGGUGAAGAGAUUUUUUAUAUCACUUUCCUUCCGUUUACCUACUGGAACAUAGAUCGCUCUGUGUCUAGAAGGAUGAUAAUUAUUUGGUCUAUAGUGAUGUACAUAGGCCAGGUCUCCAAGGACAUCCUGAAGUGGCCUCGGCCCCUCUCGCCACCUGUUGUCAAGCUGGAAAUGAGGACGGAUGCAGAGUACGGAAUGCCUUCCACCCACGCCAUGGCAGCUACUGCUAUCUCCUUCUCCUUUCUCAUUGCAACUGUGAACCAGUACAAGUAUCCCUUUGAACUAGGCCUGGUAGCAGCGUUUGUAUUUUCAACGCUGGUGUGUCUCAGCAGGCUCUACACAGGGAUGCACACAGUCCUGGACGUGAUCGGCGGAGCACUGAUUUCGGCUGUCCUGCUCAUGCUCUUGUAUCCUGCGUGGGACAUGAUAGAUCACUUGCUGUUAACUAGUCCCUUCUGUCCACUGCUUUCCAUAGUUGUGCCUCUUGUCUUAUGUUACAACUACCCCAAACUGGACUAUUACAGCCCUACCAGGGGAGACACCACUACUAUCUUAGGAGCAGGAGCUGGAGCAACUGUGGGAUUUUGGUUAAAUAACCAGUAUGUUGUGCCAGCCUAUACCAGUGAAAAUUUUCAGCUUGGACUUCCUCUGAUCACCAGUAAAAUAGUGAUGGUCGCUCUAGCCAGGUUCUUCGUAGGGAUCUUUGUUGUUCUGCUGACGCGCCAGCUCAUGAAGAGCGUGGUCCUUGGCAUGCUGGGUUAUCGGUACAAGUUUCCUAUUGGCGACCUGGAAGCCCGGAGACGACUGGAAGUCGAAGUGCCGUAUAAAUUUAUAACGUACUCCUCAGUUGGCUUCAGUGCUACCGUGAUUGUGCCACUGCUGCAUGAGCUGUUAGGAUUGAUAUGA